AUGAUUUGUCGUUCCCAUCGGCGAGUUUCACGAAGAAUAUCGAAGAUACUACCCUUGAUCUCUUCUUCUAAAGCGACAUCUGCUCUCUGCACUGGCGAUGUAUUGUUGCCGUGUGGGCGGCAGAAAGAAAAUAUCUGUUUUGUGUAUUUUCUUCUAUAUUUGAAUUUUAUCGAGUUCACGUUAGAAUCAAUGGCUUUGCCGAGUCAUGAAUCUGUCCUGUCGGAUUCAUGUACCCGCGAGUCUGUUUUUCGAAGCAGUUGUGCAAGGCAUAGGUUCAUCCUGAUCUGGGACAACCUGUUUCCGUUAUGACACGGUCGACAAAAAUAGUACAACUCCGCUAUGUAUUCACGGGCAACGCACUCUGUCUCUGAUAGUUGCCGUAUCAAAUCUGGAAGCGAAAUCGCCGGAAGAUUGAGAUCGUAAUAGCAGAAAAUAUUACAAAUCAAGCUCCUAGUACCAUAAUUUGCACGCUUCGUGGUGAAAAGGCAAUAGUAUCUAUUUCACUCGGCAACGGCAGUAGAGGUAGGAGAAGCAACAAGCGUUCUAUCUUUUCUUUUCUUCGUGGCUUCCACUCUGAUGGGUGGUGUACGUCACGCGGUUAGUGUCUACUGGGAUUUGUUGGCGUCGACAUAUUGCGAGUAUAGUGCACGACCUGCAGUUGGAUUAUGUGCUGGUCUCACUACGUCGUUGGUUAAGUCUUGUCUUCUUUCUUGCGUCUUUGGGAUUUCUACCACGAGUUUUUUGUUGAAUAUAUCAAUUACAAUUUGUAGCUUGCUCCGGUAUUUAUCGGAACAAAAGAGAGUCUUCUUUUCCCUAGGAUAGUGUCGGACCGAUAAUUCGAUGGGCUAUUCUAGAUCAUGCUGAUUUCUUUGACAGUCUUGUUUUGUUGCCGCGGAAUCAAGGAGCAGUCCGCCCUGGGCCUCAUCUGACAUUGGAGUUUCUCAAGUAGACAAUGUAUUGACACAGUGAACGAGGUGGAAGCAUGUGCAAGUGUAGCCACGACGGUGUAUACUGAUACUGUACGCGAUACGCCCUGGAGUAGACCAAGCGGCC